GAAUACAGCCACGCCAAGGGAUUGUGAAAAUACAAAAUAACAUGGGGGGCAUAAUCGAAAUUUGGACAGAAACUGCCUGUUCAGACAUAUGAAAGAUAUGUUGUGUCAGAGUUUCAAAAGUCCUUUCCCAUGCUUCUUACUACUUCUCUCUUUCUCUCUACUGAAACCUCCCAAAUUAUAACUCUUACGUGAUUGUGAGUUUUCCUUAUCCUCCCUUGGAAAUGCAAGAUAUUCAUGAUUACUCCAUGACCGGAGGCGGCGGCAGCGGAGGAAGUACAGGGAGGUUUUACGGUGGAGGUAUCGGCGGCGGCGGAGGAGGCGGAGAUCGGAGGAUGAGAACGCAUCAGAACAAUAUCCUUAACCAUCACCAGUCUCUCAAGUGUCCUCGUUGCAACUCUCUUAACACAAAGUUCUGUUACUACAACAACUACAAUCUCUCUCAGCCUCGACACUUUUGUAAAAACUGCCGUCGUUACUGGACCAAAGGAGGCGUUCUCCGUAACGUCCCCGUCGGAGGUGGUUGCCGGAAAGCCAAACGGUCGAAGUCUAAGCAGCCUCAGCCGUCGUCUCCUUCCUCCGCCGACAAGCCAACAACUCAAAACGUCGAGGAGAAAUCAAGUAGCAGCGAGAGCUCUUCUCUUACCGCCUCUAACUCCACCGCCGUCGCCGUCACCGCUACCGCCGCGAAGGUUGCGUCCCCGAGGGUUAUGGACACUGAUAUGCCUAAUCUCAAACAGUACGGAAACGGGAUCGAAUGGUCGACGUUGCUCGGAGAGGGUUCAUCGGACGGUGGAGUUUUCUCGGAGAUCGGCGGUUUUACUGCAGCACCAUCGAUUGAAACGACACCGUUUGGAUUCGGGGGUACUUCCGUAAAUCAACAGUCUAUAGCUGAUCAUCUGAAGUUUGAAGAUAAUACUACUGUACAACAGCAGUUUGGGGAUCCAACGGCUCAGAUUGAUCCGAAUAUGGGAUUUGAACCGUUGGAUUGGGGAAGUGGAGGAGGAGAUCAAACACUCUUUGAUCUAACUAGUUCAGUUGAUCAUGCAUACUGGAGUCAAAGUCAAUGGGCGUCGUCUGAUCAAGAUCAGAAUGGUCUCUACCUACCUUAAUUCUCUCACAGCUUCUUUAACAAAAAAAUAAUAUAUAUAUUAUACACAUAAGGUAAAGUUUGAUGAUGUUUGGUUUAUAUAUAUUUUAUUUUACGUAAUGGGUUGAAAACGGGAUUUAUUAUAUAAUAUAUAUGACUGCUUGUAAAAAUUUUUCUCCAAAUAUAAAAUUUACCUCUUGUUUCCUAGUUUUUGGAAUAUCCCAAGAGCGGAGUUUAGUUUGGCUUUGGUUUACUUAUCGUUGUAUAUUUGAUAAGAUUUAAAUUUUGCUGUGAUUUUGUUUCUU